UUCCGGUUUUAAAGUCCAGCUGAGAACUGGUCCAGUUACAACAGUUUGUGUUGACGAAGUGGAGAUGCUUUUGCAGGAGCUUCGUAUGUCAAUGUUUAUUUGUCGUGCAGCGUUGUGAGAGUGUUUGAGCAGCAGACAGACAUGCAGCAGUCUGUGGAGUCUCUGGUGCGACUGCUGGAGUCAUACAGGGGGAGAGAUAAAGUUAUCCGGACCGUCUGUUACGGCUCCCAGCUGGCAGGAGGACUUCUUUCCCGGAAGGCAGAAACAGACGUUUCAUCCCACCGAUUCGGGAAAAGUCUGCUGCUGUUUUCUGCUCAGCUCAGCCACUGCCGGACGGUGCUGAGGCUGUUUGACGAUCUAUCCAUGCUGGCCUACUCCCGCAGCUAUGGGAUGGGAGCCGGGGAGGAGGAUGCAGGCGUGCGCUGGAUAUCGGUGCUGACCAACGUGGCCGACCAGCUGUACUACCCGUGUGAACACAUCGCGUGGGCGGCUGAUGCUGAGCUCAUCAAAGUGAAGUCUGAUAAGUGGUGGCUGUUCAGCACAGUGCUGUGGGGAACCUCUUUGCUUCUGGGAAUUCUCAGAUCACUCCGAGUUCUGCUGCUACUGAAGAAGAAGCUGAAGAGAUAUGAGAGGGACGGAGGAGGUGGCAACAGUCGCUCUCAGCUCCGCAGACAGAUGCGAGCGGAGGUGCUCUCUGUCCUCAGCAGCAUGGCUGACCUCAGUAACGCCAUUCACUGGAUGCCGCCCGGCUUCCUGUGGGCAGGACGAUUCCCCAACUGGCUGGUGGGGCUGAUGGGCACCGUCUCGUCUCUGAUUGGUUUGACUCAGAUGAAUGCCGGCGACAGUGACCAGACAGACAGUUCAUAGUCUUCACCUCACAGUGAGGAAUAGAUCAGGUGCUUUGAUGACUGAACGGAUGAUGCGUAUUGGUGGAAAAUGCUGAGUGAGAGGAUGUGACCAGAUCUUUAAUGUGAUCAGACUGUCUGUGGAGAUUCAUUUCAGUAUUUUAGCAAGUAAAAUGUAGCAGACUUCUAGCCAAUCAUCCAAGUGCUUAAUCAGAUGUGACUUUUUGGCAAAAAAGAUGGGUUUUUUUAAAAGAUAUUUUGACAUUUUAGUCGGUCAUCAGACAAUGGGAGGCAAGAUUUGAUGAUGAGAUUAAUCAAUCAAUUCUUCUUUGACUUGGCUCUUAUUUCUCAGCUAACUGCUGCAGCAUCACAAUCACACAAAUGAAAUUUAUUUAGGAUUUAUGUGUCGUUACAUGCAGAUAAAUGUAUUUACGUGGAGGAUUCAGAUCCAGCAUGACAAUAAAGUCCUAAUGAUGUGGUUAACUGGAGGCAGCUCCUGGGGUAAAUCGUCUUUGUAUUUAGCACAUAAUACCUCCUACUUUUUGUUCUCUGAGACUGCUUUAAUGCAGCCAAGUUUCCAAAAACAACUUUGGCUGGGACGACAACUCUUUUGCCCGAGGAGUACAAGACGGUUUACAGUAUGCUUCCUUGUUUGUCAGCAUGCAGUGGUCCGAGACUUCAUCCUAUACCUGGCAGGUCACAGGUUGAUUCUUGCAACAACCACUAUGUUUAACAGUAGGUGUAAGUGCAGAGGAGACGCAAAGGGACACUAGACCGCUACCUGUUCAGUCAAUCACCCUGAGAAGGUGAGUAGCUAAAACAGGGAUGAUAAUGGUUGUGUUUAGAAAUUAAAGCUGUGUGGUGAUAUUAAGAGAAAUACUAUGGCACUGUGAAAAGGCUGGUAAAUUGGUGCCUUAUAUACACACACUCCAUACACCUGAUUUUCAAUCUUGCAUUUUAUCAUAUACAGUGAAUUAAUUAUUACACCUUUUGUGAUUGUUAUGAGUGGGCUACUGGGAUCACUCAAGUAAAAAUUUGAUUUCUGUCACAUAACGUUGAAAGACUUAGUGUUUGUUUAAAUAAUGUAAUGUCCUCAAGCUACACUAAAGCAACUGGUUUAACUAGUAAGUUCCUCAGGCGUUGAAGUUGUGCUAACUGGUGAAAUUAGUUGCAGAAAUAUCUGAUUUGCAUGAAAGAAUCAGUAGAAAACACUGACAGAGCAACACUGAUGAAAUUUUGUAUGGAAACAAAUUGCUGGUCAAAUGGGACAGAAGCUGCUUGAAAUGUAAAAUGAAUUAUAUGUAAAGUUAUUUUGAUGUAAACUAAUGAACUUUUUAAAUAAAUUGAAUUCUGCCCUC